UAAAUAAGCAUGUCUCCUUCCCGCUAUGUUGGCUUUGUUGUAAUAAACAUUCAUCUUUUGCUCCUUCAUGUCAGCCUUUGAGUCUUAGCUCUUCUUCCACCUCCCCUGAAAACCAGAUCAGAGCCAUGUUCUUACGACCAGCCGCUCAUUUGCCCUCAGUCAAGUAUCAUCAACCAAGAACUUGCCUAUGAUGUCCCAAAAUCUGAGCCGGAUUUAAAUGCACAACCCCAGGACCCAAACUACUCUAACAGUGUACCAGAAGGCACUGGUGGCGAAGUGAACCUGCCGGCUGAUUCUGGCAUUGUGUCAUCACAAGCCCGAGUCAUCCCUCCAAGACCUGAAUUCAUGAAUUUAGUCCCCGAGUACAUAAUGCCGUUACCUUCGUCCCACUCACUUCCUUCAACCUCUCCGAACACUCCUCUAUCCCCUAGUGCUAAAGAAUCAGCAGAUCUGCCAGGAAAUCCUAAUGUUGUUCUUGUAAGUUUAGGAAAAUUACUCUCAGAGGAAAAAGUUGACCCCAUACAGGGAGUACACAGCCUCUGCUCCCAAUGUGGCUCCGUGGUGGACACUUGCUAUGACAAUACGGUUGAUGAGUGUUAUUUCUGUAAAUCCUCCAGUUUUUCCAACACGCCCAGUUUACUGCAGAGUCCUCUAAAUGGUUACCAGGACGAACUCUUUUUACUCAAUCCUAAUGAAAAGCCUUUGUGCGAUACGGAUCCUCUGCUGCUCUUCUGCAUUGAUGUAUCAGGCUCAAUGAAAAUCACCUCCGAGGUGUCAGAGGGAGAGCAUACUGUGAAUAAAUCCCGUCUCCAGUUUGUCCAAGAAGCUGUGUCACUGUGCAUUGAGAGAUUAAACGAUCAACAACCUGGCACAAGAGUGGGGCUCAUCUCCUUCAACCAUGAGGUGACAAUGCACGGAUAUGAGAAUUUCAAAUCACGUUGUCUGAGUGGGGCUCAGUUGAUUGAAAGCCUUUAUUUGAAAGAGAUUGCGGCCAGUUUUCCUAGUCCACCUCCACUUUCACAGACAAAGGAGUAUUUAGAAAGACAAGUUGUGGGACUGUCUGCAAGUGGAGCCACCGCUCUGGGUCCAGCUGCUCUGCUUGCAAUUGCAAUUGCCUCCAGACAACCAGGCUCAAAGGUGAUUAUCUGUACAGACGGGAAAGCCAACACAGAGUUAGGAAAUCUAGAAGUGGAAGACACCGAUGCUCUUACUCCCGUCUCAUCCACCAUCUUCUACCAGGAGCUGGGAGAGUUUGCUGCUGAUAACGGCGUCACAGUGUCUGUGCUGUCCAUAGAGGGAACAGACUGUAGACUGGAUGAGCUGGGGAAACUUGCUGAUCGUACUAGAGGAAAGGUGGUAAUAGCCAGUCCCAGCAGGCUGCAUCCAGAGUUUGAGCAGAUCAUUCAAAACCGGACCAUUGCCACACACUGUACUGUAAUUAUACUGCUGCCAAAAUCAAUGUGCAUGAAGGGAGAGAAGGAGGCAGGACACAAAGGGACCAGACAGGUGGGGAAUGUGGACCCAGAUACAGACAUCACCUUCCAGUUUAGAGCAAAUGAAAAGGUCUCAGAAGUGCCGCCACCAUCUCCUAAUAGCCGUGUAUCCAUCCAGCUGCAGAUCAAGUACAGGCAGAGGAAUGGGCGGACCAUGCUCAGACUGAUAACUGCAGACCGGGAAGUUACUGAUGACGGCUCGGCAGUGCUGUCCUCACUGUGUCUGGCCAUCAUUCAGCUCAACUCGUCACAAGCCAGCGCCGCUCUGGCUGUCAGAGGUCGCUUGCUCUACGCCAGGAGGGAAGGAGACAUGCAGAAGCAGCUUAUUGAGAGAGCGAUAAAGCAUAACCACAGUGCAGAGGCAGAACAAACAUACAACGAAUGGGUUAAAACCAUGGAGCCGAUUUACACCAACUGCACACAGAAAAACACCGUCAGCUCAGACUCACAGUCUAUCACAGACGCUGCUGCAGCGCUGUUCUACACCAUGAAGCAGAGAAACAAGAAAUCUAUCUCAGAAUAAACACAAGCCCAGCCAACUGUCCUCCUUCCCCUUUUACCUCGUUGGAAAGCAACUCGAGUCUGAAUGCCGAGGCCAAAUGCUGCACUUAGACUUUGAUUAUUUGGCUGGAUGGAUAUCCCUCCAAAUAUUUCACAUUGUAAAUAAUGCAUUACAGUAUAUCUCACACCUCAU